GUAUCAGGACUGGUAUCGACUUUUUUUCUUUCACCAGCAUCAAGUGCAAUUAAAUCUGAAGAUUACGGUGAAUGGAGUUCCUGGUCAGUUGUCCAGACGCAACCAUGUCUUCGUUUACGGUCCAGAAACUGUUUGCCAAAAUCAAACAACUGCACUACAGAUGAAGAAUUCAGUCUCUGUCCCGUUGUUCAAUGGGGCGAAUGGGGCCCGACGCAGUGUACAAUUACAACAGGGGUGUGCGUUAUUGCAAGGACCAGGAAUUGUUCUGUGCCAACAAUAAAAGACUGCCAGAGCACCGAAAAGGAUCGUGAAAUACAUGUUUGGGGAGAUAUGAAAACAUGUCCGUGUAUGAAAGGUGGAACAAUAGAUUCUGCUCAGAACAGCGGUCAAUGGGAAGAUUGGAGUAGCUGGCAAUGUCAGAGAAGUGCAGACAGCUGCUAUGUAUUCAGAACGCGUCACUGUAGCGUUCCAGAUACUAAGAACUGUCCAACGAAGGGUAGCAGUCAGCUAAAAUUAUGGGAAGGCACAUGUCCAUGUGGAAAUGUCUCAGAGAGUAUAUCAACAUCAUCACCACCAUCAACAACAACAACAACAACAGUAUCAACAGUCGCAACAGUAUCAAGCACUCUACUUACAACACAAAGUCAACCUCUCAUCCAGACUACCUAUGCUAGCCAUUGGCUUGAGUGGGGAGAAUGGGACUGUCACAGUGUCGGGUUCGGAUGCAUGCAAACUAGAUGGAGAAACUGUUCGGCGGAAGAUCAUACUAAGUGUAAUGGAAACCGUUACGAACUGAAUUCUUGCACACAAAACACAUGCAAAGACUCUUCACCAGAUGCCACAACAGCAAGCCCCCUGGCGAAAUGGACUCCAUGGGGACCAUGGGAGUGUCAUAACGAGCAAAUACCAUGCGUUUUAUACCGAUACAGAAACUGUUCGACAUUUGAAAUUGACUGUGAAGCUAAAGGCGGAUCAAACUACGAACUGAUGACAUGCGGUGAUAUGUGUGCAGUUCCAGACAAAGCGAGUACAACAGAUACAUCAACAGUUGAUAUAUCUACACCUGUAACGACAUCGAGUAACACGACACCAUUUUCAGUGACCUACUGGUUAGAGUGGGGUAGCUGGGAUUGUAAGAAGCAAGAAACAGGUUUAUGUCUUAUGGCUCGCACAAGAAACUGUUCAACGUACAAUCCAGAUGAUUGCGAAAUCAAAGUGACUGGAGCACAUUAUGAAUUAAGACCUUGUGAUACAGAUAUAUGCGCAGCUCAAUCCUCUGCACAAUGGUCUGACUGGUUCUAUGGAAAAUGUUCCGUCAGUUGUGGUAAUGGAACAACAAACAGACUGCGGCACUGUAGCACCGGACAUGAUGAAGAUUGCGCUGGAAGUCCCUUUGAAACAGUUCCCUGUGCUGCCACAGAUUGCUCUGUUUUAGAGAUAUAACCAGCCAUUCCUAUUGUCUCGGAAGUGCUUACGUCGAAAAAUGAUUUUAAUGACUAAAAUGCUUGUGUUUAACUUAUUUUGUUUGCAAUAUGAGUUAAAUAUUAAAGAAUAUGUUGUCUGCGUU